CACAACCUGCGAGAGAAGCUGCCCAACCCUCUGCGCUCAGCCUCAGCAUCCGCCUAGUAACCCACGGUCCACACACCCCCACCCCGGCUCCCAACCGGUGACAAAUCCUCUUUGCCUCGGGCACCCUUCCGGAGCAGGAGGGGGCUCCGGGCUCUGGCGCCGGAGCAGGGAGAGUUAACCCGACCCGGGCAGCAGAGGCCGAGGGCCGGACCGCGGAGAGCGCCUCCCAUUGGCCGCGGAGCCGGCUCUACGCUGAUUGGCAGAGGCGCUCGGCUGCAGCUCUAGCAGAGUCCUUAUUGGCGCUGGGUUCCUGGGACUGGAGUGUGGCGGCCCGGCCUCCGCAGGCUACUCUGGUGAAGCCUGGACUGCAAAAGCCAGAUGUUGCCCUGAUAUCCAUCUCUGCUGUCUGUGGCCACUGCUUACCCCUACCAUGGACUUCUUGAUGAGUGGUCUGGCAGCCUGCGGAGCCUGUGUGUUCACCAAUCCCCUGGAGGUUGUGAAGAUCAGAAUGCAACUGCAGGGUGAACUGAAAGCCCCGGGCACCUACCAGCGCCACUACCGAAACGUCUUCCACGCCUUCUUCAUCAUCGGCAAGGUAGAUGGCCUGGCUGCCCUGCAGAAGGGCCUGGCCCCUGCACUCUUGUACCAGUUCCUUAUGAAUGGCAUCAGACUGGGCACCUACGGGCUGGCAGAGGCUAAGGGAUACCUGCGCACGGCUGAAGGCACCAUCAGCCCAGUCCGGAGUGCUGCAGCUGGGGCCCUGGCUGGAGUCAUGGGAGCCUAUCUGGGGAGCCCCAUCUACAUGGUGAAGACACACCUACAGGCACAGGCAGCCUCUGAAAUUGCUGUAGGGCACCAGUAUAAGCAUCAGGGCAUGUUUCAGGCACUAACAGAGAUUGGCCAGAAACAUGGUCUGGUGGGGUUGUGGCGUGGGGCCGUGGGCGGCCUUCCCAGAGUUCUCGUCGGUUCUUCUACCCAGCUGUGCACCUUCUCAUCUACCAAGGACCUCUUGAGCCAGUGGGAGAUCUUUCCUCCCCAGAGCUGGAAAGUGGCUCUGGCAGCUGCCAUGGUGAGUGGCAUCGCAGUAGUCCUGGCCAUGACACCCUUUGAUGUAGCCAGUACAAGGCUCUAUAACCAACCCACAGAUACUCAGGGCAAGGGCCUCAUGUACCGGGGGAUCCUGGAUGCUCUGCUGCAGACAGCUCGGACAGAGGGCAUUUUGGGCAUGUACAAGGGUAUAGGUGCCUCCUAUUUUCGCCUUGGCCCCCAUACCAUCCUCUCCCUCUUCUUCUGGGAUCAGCUGCGCUUCUUCUACCACUCAUACACUAAAUAACAGUCACUUUCCUAUACUCCAAAUCAAUGCUCCUUGGACA